AUGCAAGCAACAGGAGAUAUUGCUGCCCCAGACGGUUCACUACAGCCCAGUUCUGAUCCAGUGACGGCAGGCACGAUUAAUCAGACAGUGCCGUGCAUCGAAAACUUUAAUGAACAAUUUUUCAAGUACCGAAAUCCACCAACACCGGAUGUGUGCAGCGAGUUCAGCGAUGUCUCGAUGGAAGAAAGCGCCAGUUACGGUUCAUCGGUUGCCGGAAGUAGUGUUUCUACCCGAAAAUCAACCACCGAUAUAGAUCGUAGGUAUUGUGCAAAGACACGCAAGGCGCGUCAGCUUUGCCGGUACCGCAAGUGGUUAAUCCCGAAGAAUGCAAUAGUUGCGCUGAACGAGAUGCAGGGUGACAAAGCACCGCAGUUUACGGUGAACACGGUAGGAACGGAGACAAAAGUUGAACUGUACAUCAACAACGUCAAGUACGCGGUGACGGAAAGGAACAAAAACCUGGCGAAAGCAAAGGUAUCCGAGCUGGCGCUGCGCGAUCUAAUCUUCACGCAGAUCACAAAUCUUGACGCGUCGUCGCAGGGACUGCAACGCAACCAGGUAGAGGAGCUGCCAAUGGAGCAUUUGGCAUCGUUUGCAAUCCACAAGCUGCUUGACGAAUGGAAAAAGGAUGGAUUCGUGCUUCCGGAGUCGCUUUUUGGCCCGCAACGGAAAGCACCGAUAUCAUCAAAUGACAUCGGUUACCCGAAGACGGUCCGAACGAUCGAUAAUCUACCGCCGGAAGCAUCCAGCCACCAUCCGACCAAACUGUUUUGCUUCAUGCGCCCACAAACGACGUUUAAGGAUCUUGGUUGGAACGGUGAUCUAAUAAAUCCGGAAUUUUCGGCUGGUCUGCUGGUGGACGGACAAUACUUUACCGGUACCGGCCGUUCAAAGAAGCUGGCACGGAAGGCAGCUGCUGCCAAUGCCUGUAAAGUGCUGUUCGGAGUAGUAUUUGACGCUAGUGUAAUGUGUGAGCAGGCCCACACAGGUGGACAGGAGUGUUGA